AUGAAGGUCGUUGCCAGUCUUCUCGCGCUCGCUGCGGCAGUGCAGGCUCACUACACGUUCCCAGCCCUUGUUGCAAAUGGUGCAGCGUCCAGCGACUGGGAGUACGUGAGAAAGAUCACAAACUACCAGAGCAAUGGUCCAGUCACGGACCUCGCCCCCGGCAACGAAGGCGCAAAGACCAUAUCCGUAGCCGCCGGCUCAACCGUCGGCUUCAAGUCCAGCUCAACCGUCUCGCACCCGGGCGUCCUGCAAUUCUACAUGGCCAAGGUCCCCUCAGGCCAGACCGCGGCCUCCUGGGACGGCUCUGGCGCCGGCGCCAGCCAGGUCUCCACCACGAUCCCGUCGUGCAUCCCGUCCGGCGACUACCUCAUCCGCGUCGAGCACAUCGCGCUGCACAGCGCGAGUGUUGCCGGCGGCGCUCAGAGCUACAUCUCGUGUGCCCAGUUGACGGUCACGGGCGGUGGCAGCAAGACGCCGACGGGGCUUGUGGCUUUCCCCGGGGCGUACAAGGCGACGGACCCGGGCUUGAUGAUCAAUAUCUACUACCCCGUCCCGACAUCAUACACCGCCCCUGGACCGGCAGUCUUCACAUGCUAG